AUGGAGAGAAUAUUUUAUAAGACGAGUAUAUGUGAUCCUAGCACUCAAUUACCAGUAUAUAUUUUUGAUACUAGUUAUUUACCAUCUACAGAUGUGAUUAGCUAUGACGAGUUUAUCCCUACUUUGAUGAAGCAUUUACCAAAGGAAAACUAUGUGUUGAUAAUGUUUAGUUGUGGCUUGAACAAAAUCAGCUGGAUAUGGGGAAUCAAAUUUUUAAAGAGCUUUUUAACAGAUAAUAAUGAAAAUCACUUGGAUAGAUUAGUGAAGAUUAUUUCUGUGCAUGAUAGUUGGUUUGUAAAAUCUAUAACCCAGAUAUUCAAGAAUUAUAACACUACCAGAAAGAACUUCAAUUCAUUGAACAAGAUUGUUGAGUCUUUUAAUAUCAGGAUAGAGAAUUUCGGAAACCUCACAUCUCUGUCUAAUACAAUAGUGCAUUAUAGCAAAUUGUCUGAAUUGCAUAAUUACAUUGAUAUCACCAGGUUGAAGAUAUCGCUAAACAUUUAUAAGUAUAAUUAUCAACUAGAAAAUCAACUAAAUCUAAAAUCGAUCAUUCCACUAAUUAAUGAGAGAACCAAAAUUAACGUGAAUACGAAUCCAAAUUUUUAUCACCAUUUUUACCAAAUUUUCAACAUUAUAAAUACCUAUGGACAUAAGAGUGAAUUAGUAUUCCAUAAACCAGGCAAAAAGAUUAAUACAGAUAUAUUUUUUGAUUGUAUCAACAGAAAUCAACUACUUUGGAUUAAUGAUUGGGAUUUAUAUUGCAUAUCUGCCACUUUUAAGAGAAUUUUGAUGGAAUUGCCGCAACCUUUAAUACCCAUUAAUAGAAUAAACCUCCCAAUAAAAUACGAUCUUGCUUUUAUACGGGAAAACUUUAGCAAGAUAAUGAACAGUUUUGCAGAAGAAUCAAACUAUAAUAUAGUCUUAUUUCAAUUAUGUGAAGUAUGUCAUAAUAUAAUUGAAAAUAACAGUGUUACAAGACACACUUCUUCAUCUUUAUCAAAAUGUUUGAGUCAUUGCUUAAGUCAUGAGUUGAUUCUGAUGCAAAACAAGGACAACAUAUUGAUUGUAAAUCGUUUCUUCAAGACUAUUUUGGACAACUGGAGAAAUUUAAGAAAAGACUACCUUGGCAAAUACCAAAGCAUAUAUGAAAUACUUCAUGGUCUGCCAGGAGAUGAGGAUAUACUGACUUCUUACGAUAUGAGUCAUGAUUUAACAUUCGAUGAUGGGGAGGACGAGGAAAGGGUAAUUUUUAAUACGAACAACAUUUUGACCACAAAUUCAAGGUUAACAAAUAUUGAUUCUCUGAGACAACAGCAUACUCCCUUAUCAAGUCCUAGAAAACAAAAUAUAAUGACAAGUCCUGCAAGAAGAAGUUCUCCAAUUAAAUCACCUACAAGAUCCCCAAGGAAAUCACCUAAAAAGUUUACUAAGAAAUUGCAAAUUAAUGCAACACAAGAAUCCCAAAAUAAAGAGAAUCUACAAGAGAAUUUAAAUUUAGCAAUUCAAUAUCCACCCCAGAAAUAUAAAUUCCAGGUGGAAAAGCCUAUUGAACGUGAAAUAAGUAAAAUUUCCAUUUCAACAAGUAAUAAUAAGAAGCCAGUUAUCAGGGGUAGAAAAGUUGGGGAAUUAGCUAGACUAUUUGAAGAAAGAACGAAAGGGUUAGAAUUAUUAAAGGGGAUGUAA